AUGCCCUUUGCUACAGCCCUCACACGCCAGCUCGGGAUCAAGAUCCCGGUCGUGCAAGGAGGCAUGCAAUGGGUCGGCUACGCUGAAUUGGCCUCCGCGGUUUCGAAUGCUGGCGGCUUAGGAAUUCUCACAGCCCUAACGCAACCCUCCCCCGCCGACCUCCGCAAAGAGAUCCAGCGCUGCAAAACCAUGACCCCACACCCCUUCGGCGUGAACCUGACCCUCCUCCCCGCCCUCGUCCCCCCCGACUACCACGGCUACGCCCAAGCCAUCAUCGACGAGGGGAUCCGCAUCGUCGAAACGGCCGGCAACUCCCCCGGCCCCGUGAUCCGGCAGCUCAAGGCCGCCGGCUGCACCGUCCUGCACAAGUGCACCACGGUCCGGCACGCCCGGAGCGCCGUCGCCCUCGGCGUCGACUUCCUCUCCAUCGACGGCUUCGAGUGCGCCGGCCACGUCGGCGAGAGCGACGUCACCAACUUCAUCCUGCUGUCCCGGGCGCGGCAGAGCCUGACGGUCCCGUUCAUCGCCAGCGGCGGCUUCGCGGACGGGCAGGGGCUCGCGGCCGCGCUGGCGCUGGGCGCGGAGGGCAUCAAUAUGGGCACGCGGUUCAUGUGCACGAUCGAAGCGCCCAUCCAUCACAAUGUCAAGGUGGCCAUUGUGGAGGCGCAGGAGACGGAUACGGAGCUCGUGCUGCGCCGGUGGCGGAACACGAGUCGGUUGUUUGCGAAUAAAGUCGCCAAGGAGGCGGUGAAGGCUGAGCGGGAGAGUGUGAGUGGGAAGUUUGAGGACGUGGCGCCGUUUGUGAGUGGGAAGAGGGGGAGGGAGGUGUUCGUGAAUGGGGAUGUGGACCAUGGGGUUUGGACGGCGGGGCAGGUCAUCGGGUUGAUUCAUGAUAUUCCAUCUUGCCAGGAGCUGGUGGAGAGGAUUGAGCGGGAGGCGGAGGAGACGUUGGAUAAAGCUAGCUCGCUCAUCGUGGGUCGUGGGUCGAGGCCGCAAGGGAAGCAACCCCCCCCUGGGGAGGUUGGGAAGAACAUGAACAAUCCUGGUGCGGAAAUGUGGGGGAUCGGAAAAACGAAGAUCUAG